AUGGGAAACCUGCUCAAAGUCCUUACCAGAGAAAUUGAAAACUAUCCACAUUUUUUCCUGGAUUUUGAAAAUGCCCAGCCCACGGAAGGAGAGAGGGAAAUAUGGAACCAGAUCAGCGCCGUCCUCCAGGAUUCUGAGAGCAUCCUCGCAGACCUGCAAGCUUACAAGGGCGCGGGGCCAGAGAUCCGAGAUGCGAUUCAAAAUCCCAACGACAUCCAGCUUCAAGAAAAAGCUUGGAAUGCAGUGUGUCCUCUGGUUGUGAGGCUAAAGAGAUUUUAUGAAUUUUCCAUAAGGCUAGAAAAAGCUCUUCAGAGUUUAUUAGAAUCUCUGACCUGUCCGCCCUACACACCGACCCAACACCUGGAGAGGGAGCAGGCCCUGGCGAAGGAGUUUGCGGAAAUUCUUCAUUUUACCCUUCGAUUUGAUGAGCUCAAGAUGAGGAACCCGGCCAUUCAGAAUGACUUCAGCUACUACAGAAGGACGAUAAGUCGCAACCGCAUCAACAACAUGCAUCUAGACAUUGAGAAUGAAGUCAAUAAUGAGAUGGCCAAUCGAAUGUCCCUCUUCUACGCAGAAGCCACGCCAAUGCUGAAAACCCUCAGCAACGCCACCAUGCACUUUGUCUCCGAAAACAAAACCCUGCCAAUAGAGAACACCACAGACUGCCUCAGUACGAUGACAAGUGUUUGUAAAGUCAUGCUGGAAACACCGGAGUACAGGAGUAGGUUUACAAGCGAAGAAACGCUGAUGUUCUGCAUGAGGGUGAUGGUGGGAGUAAUCAUCCUCUAUGACCACGUCCAUCCCGUGGGAGCUUUCUGCAAGACAUCCAAGAUCGAUAUGAAAGGCUGCAUAAAGGUUUUGAAGGAACAGGCCCCGGACAGUGUGGAGGGGCUGCUGAAUGCCCUCAGGUUCACUACAAAGCACUUGAAUGAUGAAUCGACUUCCAAACAGAUUCGAGCAAUGCUUCAGUAG